AUGACAACGUGCAUCUUCAAUGGAGGAGAGAGAAGAAACCUGUUCACAUUCACUGCAAAAGAACAAAGCAGCGAGUCAGGAGGACCAGACUGGGCCGAGUUGACUCACGAGUGCCUCACCAACAUCUUCUCCCGACUCACCAUCCAGGACCGAUGGCGAGGCACCAUGCUUGUCUGCAAGUCAUGGCUCCGCGCCUUCAAGGACCCUUCUCUUCACACCAUCUUCAACCUCGACCCCCAAUUCGACCCUCCCCCCGAGCUUCUCACCUGGUGGGCCCCUGAUUUUGAGCGUAAGAUCGAUUCCAUGCUUUCUUCCAUCGUCCGAUGGAGCCAUGGAUCUCUCAUCGAGAUCCGCGUUCGUCACUGCUCCGAUCGCUCUCUCGCUUUGGUCGCCGAAAGUUGCUCAAAUCUUGAGGUGUUGUCGAUCAGGAGCUGUCCUCAUGUUACUGAUGACUCUAUCUCUAGAAUAGCUUUGAGGUGUCCAAAGCUUAGGGAGCUUGAUGUCAGCUACUGUUAUGAAAUAUCCCAUGUUUCAUUGGCAUUGGUUGGAAAAAAUUGCCCCAAUCUUAAGGUUCUCAAGAGGAAUCUCAUGAAUUGGCUUGAUCCCUCUCAGCACAUUGGGAUCGUUCCGAAUGAGUAUCUAAAUGCUUGUCCACAAGAUGGAGAAUCAGAAGCUGCCGCCAUUGCGAAUUCUAUGCCUCAUCUAGAGUCUCUGGAGAUUAUGUUCUCUAAAUUAUCAGCUAAAGGCCUUAGUUUGAUAUGUGAAAGGUGUUCAAACCUUGAGUUCUUGGAUUUCUUUAAGUGA